CAAGCAGCAGCGGCACACCCCGGGUGCAAACAAAGCAAAAGCGCGACCGUCCGCGCCACGGCGGACGACGAUUGGCGAGAAAAGCUCCCAGCAGGGCCAGAGGGCCAAUGGGAAGACCCACCUGUCACAUGAUGCCCCCCCGAUGGGGCUCCCGAUCGGGAUUCCCAAAUGGGCGCACCGCUUAGGGCACAGGGCUGCGGGCUCGCUUAGCGCACCCGGGCGCGAAAUUUCCCUUGGUGCCAAAAGUGUUGUGGAUAGCGAGCACGAAAGUCAACCUCGACGUCGACAACCCCUCCAACGCCUCUCCUCCCCGACUUUCCCAAACGCCAUAUACAUCCAACAUGGCUGACGCCGCUCCCCGUGGACGUGGAGGUUUCGGUUCUCGCGGAGACCGUGGUGGUGACCGUGGCCGUGGCCGUGGCCGCCGUGGUCGUCGCGGACCCAAGGAGGAGAAGGAAUGGCAGCCCGUCACCAAGCUCGGCCGUCUCGUCAAGGCUGGCAAGAUCACCUCCAUGGAGCAGAUCUACCUGCACUCCCUGCCCGUCAAGGAGUUCCAGAUUGUGGACUUCUUCCUCCCCAAGCUGAAGGAUGAGGUCAUGAAGAUCAAGCCCGUCCAGAAGCAGACCCGUGCCGGUCAGCGUACCCGCUUCAAGGCUGUCGUUGUCAUCGGUGACUCCGAGGGCCACAUCGGUCUCGGUAUCAAGACCUCCAAGGAAGUCGCUACCGCCAUCCGUGCCGCCAUCACCAUCGCCAAGCUCAGCGUUCUCCCCGUCCGUAGAGGUUACUGGGGUACCAACCUUGGUGAGCCUCACUCUCUGCCCGUCAAGCAGAGCGCCAAGUGUGGUUCCGUCUCCGUCAGACUUAUCCCCGCUCCCCGUGGUACCGGUAUCGUUGCCUCCCCCGCCGUCAAGCGUCUUCUCCAGCUUGCCGGUGUCCAGGACGCCUACUCCUGCUCUUCCGGCUCCACCAAGACCCUCGAGAACACCCUCAAGGCCACCUUCCUUGCCGUCAUCAACACCUACGGUUUCCUUACCCCCAACCUCUGGAAGGAGACUAAGCUCAUCCGCAGCCCUCUGGAGGAGUUCAGCGAUGUUCUGCGCCAGGGCAAGAAGUACUAAGAUAGUGCUGUGAUGGGAUAAACUUGCAUGACUGUUUUUUGAAUCGAACUAUUUUCCUACGGGUUUCAAAAAAGUUCUCCUUCGGUUGUAGGGUCGGCAGCACCGGAAAUCCUGGAUUUGCGCUAUGCUACGCUAAUUACGGUAUCCAUGGAUGUAAUGAUUAUGGAAAAGUGAAAAGAAACCCGCGUGAAGUCGAUCAAAUCCUUCUACAAGUGACACCCUUGGCAGUGCUCCGUUGCAUUGGCCAACCCUUUGGUCUCAGCACCAGCAUUUCAAUCCGGCGCACGCGUUGGACGAUCGUAGAAUGGGCCAGACCCGACUUCUAAGUAGAAAGUGCAUAAUCUCGCUGCAAAAUCCUCAACCAGACCCAUG